CAUUAUGCUGCCCUCAGCGUCGAGCACCUUAGAUGCGAUCUUUUUCAUUGGAGUUCUACCUGCGUAGAGAACCAUGCAGAUCUUCGUGAAGACCCUGACGGGCAAGACUAUCACCCUUGAGGUGGAGCCUUCCGACAGCAUCGAGAAUGUCAAGGCUAAGAUCCAGGAUAAAGAAGGUAUCCCUCCCGACCAGCAGCGUUUGAUCUUCGCUGGUAAGCAGCUGGAAGAUGGCCGCACACUCUCAGACUACAACAUCCAGAAAGAAUCUACCCUUCAUCUGGUGCUGCGUCUGCGAGGUGGUGUGAUCGAGCCUUCCCUCCGUCUCCUGGCCCAGAAGUACAACUGUGAUAAGCAGAUUUGCAGAAAAUGUUAUGCCCGUCUUCAUCCCCGUGCAACCAACUGCCGCAAGAAGAAGUGCGGACACUCCAAUGACCUGCGCCCCAAGAAGAGGCCUAAGUAACAGGCAGGAGCAGCAACAGCGACAACAAGCAACAGCAGCAACAGCAACAACAGCCUACCACCAUUUGUCCAGCGUAUCAACCUCACCAUUGUUUGGAUCCAUUCUUCGCUCAAAAUUGUUGCCGAGAUACAAAUUUUCCUCCAGAAACUUUUAAUCGGUCCAGUAUAAGUCUCUUGACAACAAGUUAUGAUUAGGCAGAAUUUAAAAAUCGGCACAGAGUAUAUAUGUACAUAAGGAAUUGUUCUACAUCAAAAGUAUUUCUCUGUAUUUCAUAUUAAUAUUUCCUUGAUAUUUUGGAUAAAUGGUGUAAGCUAGAAAAAGCAAAA